AUGCGUCCGAAGGUGAUCGUCUUCGGGGACUCCAUUACGGAAGAGUCGUUCGGUGAGGGCGGCUGGGGCGCCGCCUUAGCUAACUACUUCUCCCGCACGGUGAAGCCGAUGAACCUCCCCUCACUGUCUUUCUCUCGCCCUCUCUCUAUCUCUCUACUUAUGUGUUUCCUUGAAAAUAGGCGGACGUGGUACUGCGGGGUUACAGUGGGUACAACACGCGGUGGGCGCGAAAGGUCGUGGAGCGAGCCUUUGAGGGCCUGGUCGGUGAGAACAACUAUGGAAUCCGCAACACUGCGGCUGAUGGCUGCGCCGACGACGGGGGCAGGGAACUAGCUCCACUGGCGGUGACUGUCUUCUUCGGAGCCAACGAUGCCUGCCUUCCUGAUCGGAGCAGUGCUUUCCAGCACGUGCCGCUCCCCGAGUACCAGCUCAAUCUCCAUGCCAUUAUCUCCUUCCUCAAGGUAAUUACGUGCCCGUGGCAAGACGCUUACACACUUCAGGCCCUCUGAGAUCCAGUGGCUUGUCCUCAUGGAUGCUUCGAUCGUAACAUUAGAGGAGGAAAGCCUUUACCUUUGAUGAAUUUUAGUCACGGAAUCAUUACUGCCAUGUUAGCCCUCGUGGAAUGCAGUGAAGAAGCACUCGUGAUGGGCUGCGUAUGAACGGGAGUAAAUACUUGCUGCUUCUGUUGCGAAUAAUGUGAUGUAUAAGGCUUUGAGUAGCGACUCCAGAAGCUGAAAGGGAAAGAUCAUAGGAGUUCAUUCAAUAUCGAACGCCCUUCACGGGUGAUAUCUGCUUGAAGCGUUCCUUCAUUCAUGGCCAAACAAACCUCUGCAUUCCAUUGUCUCUGAUACCCUCGGCUGGGUCUUGUAGCCAGGGAGAGAAGACCGUGGACUCGGUUAUAGCAGGUCAUUGCUGUAACAGCUCCAACCAGGCCACCGGACUACAAUUUCUGUCUGGACAAUGGCAUUAUGUGGCUCGAUGCAGUGUUAUUUGACGUUAUCUAGCGUAGAAUAAUCAUUUAUAUAUUAUUAACUAAGUCGGUUUUUAAGUUAGGAGGAACUGGGUACCUAUUUGGGUUGGAGAGCAUGGACCCACGUAAUAAAUACUCAGAGCUUCUUACUGUGUUUGAUACAGAAACGAUGGCCCAACACGCUGGUUAUACUAAUAACGCCACCUCCUAUCGAUGAAGAUGGUCGUCUCAGGUUAUCAGCCGUUAUUCCCGUUUACUUUUCCUUGUUCUGGUCUAUGUUCAUUUAUUGUUCCCCAUUGCAUUACUAUUUAUUUCUCGUGUAUCUAUUUAUUGAUCUUCAUUUUAUGACAACCUGUUUCUCCUUUACGCUUUGUUUCUUGAUGUGGACGUACUUAUGCUUUCGUACUUGAAGGAAACCGGGAAACUAGGUAUAUUUCUGAGAGAGAACUCACACCUAUCCGAACAUACAGCUCCUGUUUUUCGGCCACAUUUUGGAAUGAGGACUCCCAUUUGUUCUGAUGAUCUAGAUGGAAAUCCAUGGUCUGCAUUGUUUUUCAUACAAUCAGUGGAGUUGUUAAUAACGGUGCCGAGCUUCCAUUAGAGCACGAAUAGGAGAGUAUCUGACCAGCCAUUAUAGUGACUCGGGUUGGGUUGGGGUUCCAUAAGAUUAAAAACUCGAGAUCUAUCAACCCAGAUCAAAACUUUGUCUCCACAGGGAUGCCCAUUUUCCUUUCAUGAGGCGAAAAAUUGGAUUGCGUUUAUUCCAGCGGACGACUCUUGGCAGAAGAGACCGUCAAGAUUUCCUAGUACGGUGCAAACGUAGAUCGUCACCCUGAGGCAACCAUUCUCAAAAGAACUGGGAAAGUUUGCACCUUCGUUGUUCUUACCAUAUUCUAUAUUGAUUUUUGGAUUGCCCUGCAUGAUUAACCAGAAUGGUUUUGCAUGAGCCUUGUGCCGCAAAGUUUCCCUGUAACUUAGUUUGGGACGGUCGUGUGCUUUUAAGCAUCAAUUUGGUGGUCAGUGAAUCAUAAGAGACUCUUAUUACGCAAUUAGAUAUCUACUUCCAACAAAUUUUCCGUGCAGAUUCACAGCAGAUUAGAAUCAAUGUUUUGGCGAAGGAUUACAGGGAGCAUAGUUCCACAGACCGUGUAGGUUAAAAAUAAGGAUGUGGGAGACCUAGCAAAUCCUUGACCAAUCUGUUGUUCACAUGGUGCGAAGAGCCCAGCUAAGGUGUCCUUGCGUUCCCCGUGUUGUGCUAAUUUAAAGGGAUAUUGUUUUAGGAUUCUCUCAAGAAAUAGAGCUUGUGUCAGGAUCCGCUGUGAAGCAUCUUACCGAUAACAGUACCCGCAUCAAUCAUUGGGCAUGUUGUGCUCGAACAGCUGUGAGGGUUAUACUUUUUCAUUGGUUGAUACUUUUUCACUGUUCUUUGGCAUUAAAUAUGUGACAAGCAGACGUUUUCAUGUGGAAGCAUGGCCUUUUGUCAACAGCCCGAGGAAUCUAGCUCUUAGUAUCUAUGAUGGGUUUGCAAGAUAUAUUUUUUAAUGUAUCCGGUGGACCUGGAUUGGUCGUUUAAAACGGUAAAAAUCCUCUAUAAGUUGAUGUUAGAUGGUUUGUAUCUCUUUACUUUUAAUGACUUUUACACGGUAACUGAUUUAAUGAGCAGUGUGGCGAGUUGAAUGACUGGACGAAGGAAGCAAGCCUAGGUCAUAUAUGAUAUUCAAUUUAUGAUCAUCAUACAAUGUUUCCAGUCUUCCUCAAAAAUCAUGGGUUCUAUCUCCCGAAAAUUUCAAUUGAUUUUGUGAAUAGGAAUCAUCCAUAUAUGAAAUAUAUUGCUUAUGCAGGCAUCCUUACGGCGAGAAUCCUUCUGGUUUGCCGGAAAGAACAAACGAGGCUGCUGGUGCAUAUGCCAAAUCCUGUGUUUCCGUUGCCAUGGAACUGAAUACUCCUGUGGUCGACCUCUGGUCUAAAAUGCAAGAGAUCCUCGGUUGGGAGAAAGCUUUUCUCAGGUGCUCUCUCUCUCUUUCUAUCUAUGUUUAAUUCUUAAGCCUGUAAAUACAUGUGAUUUCGUUGCAUCCUAUUUAGCAUCGCCUGUCUGUGGAGGAAAAGAAAGAAAAAAAUCUUAUUUUCUUUCCCUCGUCAUAUUGGCGGAAAACUAUGCGCGCACUCCGAGUCUUUCCUUUCUUUUCUCAUCAUCAUCAUCUAUCAUGAAUUGUGGCUUUAUUGAGUUCUUCACUUUUGUUUCUGCUUGCGUUGAUCCAUACGUGCCAACAUUGGUAUUUCCUAUAAGUUUUCCUUCCACUGUGCAAACUGCACGUAAGAAAUCAUACAAAAAGCGCUGGAUGCUGUCCCCUCCAUGUUUCUUAGACUCGAGUUACUCUCACAACCAAAUGGCCUGUUAAAGAAAUCUCCAUCUGCGCAUCAGAACUACAUUUUCUUCCGUUCAGGUGACUUUGAUGUUUUUUUUUAAUGUUUUUGGGCGGAUGUGAUUGUAGAGACGGGCUUCACCUUACACCUGACGGCAACAAGAUCGUUUUCGAGAACUUGGUAGAGAUCAUUCGCCACCACGGGGUGUCUCCUGAAAUCCUGCCGGCGGAUCUCCCCCUCCUCACGCAGAUCGACCCCCACGACCCUCUAAAAUCCUUUGACCACUAG